UCGAUUUUAAAUUGACAGUUUUGACAGAGUUCAAACAUGGCGGAAAACGGUGGAGAAGAAGUAAAGUCUUGUGAUAGAAAGUCGCAUUUAACUAAAACGGGUAGCAAACAAUGGGUAAAACUAAACGUCGGAGGAACUUGCUUUUUAACUACAAAGACCACAUUAUCUAGAGAUCCGCAUUCCUUUCUUGCAAGACUAAUUCAAGAAGAAAGCGAUUUAAUAUCAGAUGUGGAUGAAACUGGAGCCUACCUAAUUGAUAGGGACCCGAUUUAUUUUCAUUCCGUUUUAAAUUAUUUAAGACAUGGGAAGCUAGUUCUAAACAAAGACUUGGUAGAAGAGGGUGUUUUAGAAGAAGCCGAGUUUUACAACAUUACAGAUUUGAUAAAAUUAUUCAAGAAAGAAUCGAUUAUUUUAAGAGAUAACCAACCUAUUCAUGAUAAAAAGCGGGUUUAUAGAGUUCUGCAAUUUCAAGAAAAUGAACUUUCACAGAUGGUGUCUACAAUGUCUGAUGGAUGGAGAUUUGAGCAAUUAAUUAAUAUGGGUCCUCACUAUAGUUACGGUUCAGAAGAACAUGCUGAAUUUUUGUGUGUUGUAUCGAGGGAAUGUGGCCUUACCGUAAAUAGUAAAGAAACAGAACCAACUGAUAGAGCUAAAGUGUUGCAGCAAAAAGGCUCCAGAAUAUGAUUAUUUUUAUAGAAUUGCGCAUGUUUUCAGAAUCUUAAGUGCAUUAUCCUUUUAUAUUACUCGUGAAACCUUGAUAUUGUUAUUUUGAUAUUUGAUGAAAUUAUUACAAUUUCCUAGAAUAAAUAAUGAAUAAA